AUGACCAACAUCGCUUCACCCUCGCACCUCCUCGUCCUCGUCCUCGUCCUCCUCGUCCUCGGAGUGUCUGUCUCAGCAUUGGAUGGAUUCUCAUCGCCGGCACAGUUUCCUGGUUCUAGAUUCUUAAUUGAGACCGAGUCGCCGAAGAAGUCCUUCGUUGCUGCGAGAAGGGCCAGGAUUGAAGAUCAUGCUCCGCUCUCCCUCAAAGGCGGUGCGCCCUUCGAUCGAAAGACCUUCACAGCAAGUACCUGCCUCAGAGACCAUAUUGAUAUAAUGAAAGCAAUCCCUGGAAUUUAUGAUGCAUAUGCGGGUCCAAAUCGCCUUGAUCCGAAGACCAUUGAGGCAAUCAUGUUGGCCGUGAAUUCCGUGAAUUCAUGUCCUUACUGCACAGGAUUGCAUUGCGAGCUUGGUAGAAUGGCAGGUCUAAAGGAUGAUACCAAAAGAAUCAACGAAGCUAAAACGAGCAAAGAGCUACAGAAGGUAACCAAUGAUAAGAUGGUGAAUUUCGCGCGCAAAUUUGGUGAAUACAACGGACGAGGAGCAUGCUUCGAAGCUGAGUAUCAGGAGCUUGUGAAAUCUGUGGGAAAGGGCAAGGCCAAUGCAAUCAAGUCACUGUGUUGGUUCCUUCACUGGGGGAGCAUUUCCGGCAAUACGCUGUUGUCAUUUUAUCGAGGGAGGUUGUCAGGAAAUCCCAAGAAGGGAUCCAAUCUCAUCUUCGAGAUUCUCUUCGCCCUGUAUUACACACCUUUGUACCUGUUGAUAACUGCAACGACCUGCAUAUUGAAGGUCUUUCCGGCAAAUGUUCCCCGUGUGUUGAGUAUGAGUAUGGGGUGCGUUCUGGCUACCAUCGCCAGUUUGAAGAUCGUGCCCAUGGGUAUCCUUGGUGUGGUGACCUCACCAUUCAGGAAGAAGCAAGCAUGA